UAACUGCAAACCGUGAACGCGGGCUUCACUUUUACCUGAGUGUCUUUGGUGAAAUUCCAGUUAUUUAGCCAAAAAUCUGCACGUUUUCAACAAUUCGGCUCAUCUGGUGUGUGGAAAGUUGACAUUUGUGCCUCUUGGCCCAAACUAAACAGAAUUAUCUGUGGCCGACAACUGCGGAUCCAGAUGUGUAAACCGGUGAAACCGGUUUUAAAACCCAAAGCCGCAGACUUUUGGGCUUGGUCUGUUUUUAACUCCUUUAAUUUCCACCUUCAUGUGCUGUGACGCGCUAACGACACGCGCACUCUACCAAACUCUAUUGAUAUUUCAACAGAUUUUACGCGUCUGUCCUCAUUCAGCCCCAGACAGCAGGAGCAUUUGGUUUAAUGCGUCUGAUCCGAGUCAACCUCUCGGAUAAACGAACCCUCCCUGACACGAGUGGACUGUGUAAAGUUAACGAGCUGUUAAAUCUAAUGAAUGUUUGAACGAGCCUUUGGCUGCAGAGUUGGAGUAAUGAAUGAGUGAAGGCGGAGGCGGAUGCUGACUCCGAACCGGAGCCAAUGCGCUCCGUGGGCUGGACUACUCCUCAUAAUUACUGUCCCGGCUCCCGGUCUAAUUAUAGAUGAGCACGUGGGCAGGUGAAGCAGGAUUUCUCCGUUUUCGGCACGCGCCGAAAUGAGAACGCGCUUUAAGCCUCGGCAGCAGGAUUGUUUUUGCUGGUUUUACUGCAGAAGUUCGGCCAGGACAGCUGCGGAGAUAUUCUCAGUUCUGCUGGGUUCUUGUUGGAUUUUUUUCUAAUGUUUUCCAGUUUUGGUCACUAACAUGAAAUGGUUUCUUUAGUUUAUUUUACCUGAUGAGGUGUAAACGUGGCUCUGCAGCAGAGAUGCCUGAAUGGAAGUCUGAAUCAGUGUUCAGUCUGGGAUUAUAUUUUAGUGAUCAGGUGUUGAGCCAUCAGUGGAUUAAUCUGGUGUGCUGCACCCGUCCUUCUCUACUGUUCUAAUAAUGAAAGUGCCUGCAUCCUAAAUGCUGCCUGGUUGGACGUGUGUUGUCCUGCUUGUGGUGCAGAAAUCUUGUUUAGCUGCUUUGAUGGCAUCUGAGUAAGUUGGCACCGGCUGUUGGAACGAAACAAGUGCAGGGGAAGAAAUUCCACAUUUAUUCCCAUAUUUCCUCCUUUCUGUUGUGAUGUUUGUUCAGACGAUCUCCAUUCACGUUUACUCCAUGAUGGUGAAUGGUCUGUAUUUGUAUAGGACCGUCGUAGGGUUCUACAACCCCCCAAGGCGCUUCACAACACAUUCAGUCAUCCACCCCUUCACACACUGGUGGUGAUGAGCCACCGUGUAGCCACAGCUGCACAGGGGCGAGGCUCCUGAACACAGGCGCCAGCGGCCCCUCCGACCACCACCAGGAGGCAAGGCAGGUUAAGUGUCUUGCCCAAGGACACAACAGCAGCAUUCUCUGGUCAGAUUGAGCCUGCAACCUUGCGAUGACGGGACAACCUGCUCCACCUCCUGAGCUGCUGCUCAGGACCUUCUGGUCAGCUUAUUAAAGGCUUGGAUUGAUCAUUUCUGUUUCCAUAGAGGGGUUUUCUGGAUGAGACGCCACCGUCGGCCUGAACUGAUCGAAGCUGUGAUAAACCUUCGUCUCUCCUGUGGUUUAGGUGUUUUACCUGUUUUGUAAAUCCUGAUGGCGGCUGAGUCAGAGCUGCAGAUUCGCUCCUGCAGCCACGAAGGUGUUCCAUGUUCUGGUCAGGUUAGAUUUUCCUGAGUUGAUGAAGGUUCUGUCGAGGAGAAAAUCCUCUGAUUGUGAUCGUGCUGCUGUGCAGUCUCACCUUUACCACGACCGUUUCUGCAGCCGCUUCCUUCUGUCACUCUGGAACACCGAGGAGCCUCUAGCCUUCCUGAAGGCCCAGAUCUUUGUUGCUCAUCAUCAGCAGAGUGAACUGGCUGCUACGUUAUUUGUUGUUGUUUUCUUCUUCUGAGGUAAAAGCUGUUGACCUGCUGGAGAAUCAGGUAUUCUGGCAUCCUUACACUGGCUCCCGGUGCAUUUCAGGGCCAAACUCAAGUUGUCAGCGUUGGUGUACAAAGCUCUUCAGGGAGCUGCACCAUCAUACCUUACUGGCGUCCUGCAGAGGCAUGCUCCGUCGCGGGUUCUUCUCUGCAGAUAGAGCUGUUGGCGGUUCCCAUUUCUAAGUGUAAGUCAGUGGGGAUCGUGCGUUCUCUGUGAUGGGUCCGAGCCUCUGGCUGUGCACCAGUCUCCUUCGCUGUUGGUGUUUAAGUCCCGUCUGAAGACCCAUUUUUAUGUUCUGGCUUUCAACCACUAGGUGAUGUACUUUUGGUGUCAUUGUCCUACUUUUAUUGUUUUAACUGGUUUCUUUUAGUAGUUCUUAACUGUUUUGAAUAGUUUAAUGUUGAUAAAUGCUGUUUCUGACGUGCUGUUCAGCUCCUGGGGCGUCGGGCGAGGUCGUGGAAGCGACUUCAUGAAUAAAGAAUCUGGGUCUGUUCCAUAUUCAGUGUUUGUGCACUGAGCAGAACGUGGUUCCAGAUCCAGGUGGAUGGUUCUGAUGGUGUUCAGCAUUCAGAUGGUGUCUGAACCUGAACAUUUGUUUCUCUCAACUCCGAGUCACAACUUUUAUCGGUUAGUUUAAGGGAAUUGAUCUGUAAGCGGCUGAAGUGUGUCGUCUAUCCAGCAGAACCUCUGCUGUUUUUUAUUACCAGAUUUAUUGACAUGGUAGGGUGUAGGACCAAAAAUGGUCACGGUAAGAGUCAGAAAUGUUGUUAACGAUAAAUUUUCCAUUCAUAGCCAGUCAGCCCUACGUGUAGCGGUACCAUUAAACGGUGGGGUUGUACACUCUUACCGCUGAGGGGAGGGAUGACCUACGGUACAUUCGUUACUACACUUGGAUUUUCAUGACACUAACGCUUCCCACUCGGAUUUUUCUCCAGGGCACAGUUGAUGUAUAACGAUGCAUCAUCCGGAAAAUUAAAUAUGAAUAAUUCUGCGUACCCCUGUAAUGUGCUUGUGUACCACUAGGGGUACGCAUACCCCUGGUUGGGAAUCGCUGAUAUAAAUAAACUCAUUAUUGGGACUAGGGCCCGACCGAUAUAGGGGUCAUUAACACUAUCGGCCAAAAAGACGGCCGAUAUUGCGCUACCUAUCCAGCAGAUGGUGCCAGCUUUAUGAACUCAUGUUGUGUGGCUCCACUCCUCGGGGGGGUGGAGCCACCUUCACAGCACACAUGCAGCGGGGCAGCAGAAGCAAUUCGGUCAAGCAGAGAGGACGGUGAUGAGGAAGUAGGAGGUAAAUCUUCAGUUUUAAGCAUAUUUGUUGCAUCAGUGGUAAGUUGAACGGUAAAAUAAGCAAUGACAAAAGUAUGUUUCCCCUCAACAUGCUUCCUAAGUUUAUUGUGUGCCUCGUGGCCUCGUAUUGAAAAGUUAACCUGAAAAAUAAAAUAAAACUGCCGCAGCAUUACGCUCUACGCAGAGCUCAGCUGCUUCCCCUUUAGUCAUGCAGGGCAGUAAGUAACAUCGGCCUUUUUCUGGUAGACAUUCUGGAAUAUUCUCAGACAAUUUCCUCCGCUCUUCUUCAGCAGUCUUUUCAAACUCACGCGGUUCACCCGCGGCUCGCGAAACAAAUAGUGCAGACGGCGAAACGAUCGCUGCACGGUGCGGGCGUAGCGCCGGCGCACAGCGCUUCGGCGGCCCAUGUGGCCGAUAGAAUAGGAUAACAAGGGCGACGAAUGAAGGCGGUCCCCGUUUUGCGGCGCUUUGGCGGCACACGACCGUUGUCGCAGCUGAGGACGGGCGAGGGGGGGGUUGGCAACAAAGCAAUGAAACGCUGUGCAGGGAGUCCCCCCUAGCUGAGAGAGGGGGGGGCGGUAAUACGAGAAAACAAACAUCCCUCUCUACAGUCGAAUACAUCUAUUGUAUUUUUCAGCCUUAUAUUUUACAUAAGGCUUAUACAUUGCCACAUACUAGUCAUUUAACGUAUCUUAUUUUUAUUUUCCUAAUACUGUCGGCCUUGGAAAGGAUCAAAACACAAAAGUGUAAAACUCCACAGACUCAGAAAACAAAAAACUUGAAUGUAAGAUUUAUGCUGACUGAGUUUGUGUGUUCUGUUGUUUUUGAGAUUGCUAAAUUAAUCUUAUUUGCAUUACUUGGAAACCCUAGUGAGUUCUUCAGACAGUUCUUUGGUGUGUAACAGAGAAAUAAGUUAGCAUCAAAAAGGCAGAGAAUGAAGGGUUUAAUCUUAAGAACAUUUGUAUUUAUUUAUUUUUUUGUGAGGGAGAUUUAUCGGCCAUUAUAUCGGCUAUCGGCCUUUGUUAAAAGUUUUAUAUCGUAUCGGUCCCAAAAAAACCAUAUCGGUUGGGCCCAAAUUGGGACAGUGGGACUCACCUGGUUAAGCCUUCAGGUGAGAACUCUGAGCUUUACCUCCGUCCCGUCAGGGCACCGUCUCAUGUCGCUGUCCUUCCUCCCCGGGUCAGUGCAUUUCACUCAACGCGUUUAAUCUCCCCAGCAGGAUUACGGCUUCCUGGGGAUUUGGGAUUUCUGCCGGUCCAACACAUGUUGCAGUUACCUUUGUGUGCUUUCAUGUCUGGAGCAGCAGAGCUCAGAUCGAUGGGAGAGGGGCGAAGGGCUGGCGUGGCAUGAAGACCUGUUGUUGUGGAAGCACGCUGCUGCAGCUCUUUGGGGUUUGAUACGGAGGAAGUGUCGGAUUAUUUACCACCUGUUGAUACCGUUUGUAGUCUGAGAAGAUCUGUUCUUCUGUGGACUCACCUCCGUAUUUUCCUCCAGAUCCAGAACAGAGACCAGUUCAUGUGAUUCAUUCCUACUCCUGUAAUAACGAAGGUUUGGGCUGGAGGAGCCUCGUCCUGCCCGGGUCUAGGUCCUAAAACCAUCCCGCUGAUCGUGGAGGGCAGCAGCAGCGGUGCUUUACGCUACUGAAAUGAGCAGCUUCGGUCCGUUUGGCCCGGUGUCUUCCACCCUCAUGUGUUCUGCUGCAGCAGCUACCGGAGACAUGCCCGGACCUCCAGCUAAAGGGGCGUUUCCCCUGCUGGAGGACAAGCAGAAGGACCAGGUCCAGCAUGAGGACCAGCAGCAAGCCUCUCUGGGCCGUGUGGUGGAGGACUUCUUCUGGAUCGGCACCAGCAUUGUGGCCUUUUCUAAGUGGCGUCUCGGCUACGUGGUGGAGAAAUGCAUGAGCUCCAUGCAGAUGGGGACCCAGAUGGUGAAGCUCCGCGGCGGCUCCAAAGGACUGGUCAGGUUCUUCUUCCUGGAUGAGCACAAGUCCUGCAUCCGCUGGAGGCCGUCACGUAAGAACGAGAAGGCUAAAAUCUCCAUCGACUCCAUCCGUGAGGUCUGUGAGGGGAAACGGUCUGAGAUCUUCCAGCGCUACUCGGAGGGCAGCUUCGACCCCAACUGCUGCUUCAGCCUGUAUUAUGGUGAACACAUGGAGUCUCUGGACCUGGUGUCCGGUACCGGAGAGGAGGCGCGGACCUGGAUCACCGGUCUCAAGUACCUGAUGGCCGGCAUCAGCGACGAGGACAGUCUGGCAAAGAGGCAGCGCACCCGCGACCAGUGGCUGAAGCAGACGUUCACCGAGGCAGAUAAGAACGGCGACGGCAGUUUGAGUAUAAGCGAGGUUCUUCAUCUGCUGCACAAACUCAACGUGAACCUGCCCCGGCAGAAGGUCAAGCAGAUGUUCAAGGAGGCAGACACGGAUGACAACCAGGGGACGCUGGGCUUCGAGGAGUUCUGCUCGUUUUACAAGAUGAUGUCGACCCGCAGGGAUCUGUACCUCCUCAUGCUCACCUACAGCAACCACAAGGAUCACCUCGACACGGAUGACCUCACCCGCUUCCUGGAGAACGAGCAGAAGAUGACCAAGGUGACCAAGGAUCAUUGUCUGGAGAUCAUCAACAAAUUUGAACCCUGUUCUGAGAACCAGCAGCAGGCGGUUCUGGGGAUCGAUGGUUUCACUAAUUACAUGCGCAGCCCAGCUGGAGACAUCUUCAACCCAGAACACUACAGCGUGAACCAGGACAUGACCCAGCCGCUGUCCAACUACUUCAUUGCCUCAUCGCACAACACGUACCUGAUGGGGGACCAGCUGAUGUCUCAGUCCAGGGUAGACAUGUACGCCUGGGUGCUGCAGGCCGGCUGUCGCUGUGUGGAAGUGGACUGCUGGGACGGUCAGGACGGAGAGCCCAUCGUGCACCACGGCUACACCCUCACCUCCAAGAUCCUCUUCAAGGACGUCAUUGAGACCAUCAAUAAAUACGCCUUCGCCAAGAACGACUACCCGGUUAUCCUGUCUAUAGAGAACCACUGCAGUGUCCCUCAGCAAAAGAAGAUGGCCCAGUACCUGGUGGAGGUCCUGGGGGACAAACUAGACGUGUCCAAUGUCGGAGCAGAAGAAUCUGGACGGCUUCCUUCUCCAGAGUCACUCAGAGGCAAGAUCCUGGUGAAGGGAAAGAAACUUCCUCCGAACAUCGACGAGAACGCAGAGGAGGGGGACGUGUCUGACGAGGACAGCGCUGACGAGAUGGAGGACGACUGCAAGCUGAUGAAUGGAGACACGUCCGCCAACAGGAAGCAGGUGGAGAACUUGGCCAAGAGAAAACUGGACAGCCUGAUGAAGGAGUCCAAGAUCAGAGACCGUGAAGAUCCAGACAGCUUCACCAUCGCAGCUCUUCCUCCCUCAGGGAAGUCCACGGAUAAGACCGAUGGCAGCAAGGGCAGAGGUGAUGAAGGGACGGACACGGCGGACGAAGCUCCCAGCAGCACCAAACGAACGGGUCGCUCCUUCAUCGGCAGCUUCUCCAAACGCAAGAAGAAGUCGUCCAAGCUGAAGAAGACUUCGAGCUUUGAGGACACGGACACGGACCAGGAGAGCACCAGCAGUGCCUCUCGAGCCCAGCCUCACCACAGCAGAAAGAAGACCAUGAAGCUCUCCAGAGCUCUGUCUGAUCUGGUCAAGUACACCUGCUCCGUGGGUCUCGAUGACGUGGAAGCUCAAGCCGCCUGCAGCUGGCAGGUUUCCUCUCUGAGCGAGACCAAAGCUCACCAGCUGAUGCAGCAGAAAGCUGCGUCCUUCAUCCAGUUCAACCAGCGGCAGCUGUCCCGCAUCUACCCCUCCUCCUACCGGGUGGACUCCUCCAACUUCAACCCCCAGCCCUUCUGGAACUCAGGCUGCCAGUUGGUUGCGCUGAACUACCAGUCUGAGGGUCGCGUCCUCCAGCUCAACCGGGCCAAGUUCUACAGCAACGGCAACUGUGGCUACGUCCUCAAACCCGCGUGCAUGUGUGCAGGUGCCUUCAACCCCAACCUGGAGGACCCGCUGCCCGGCCGGAUGAGGAAGCAGCUGGUGUUGAAGAUCAUUAGUGGACAGCAGCUUCCCAAACCCAAAGACUCCAUGUUGGGAGACAGAGGAGAGAUCAUCGACCCGUUUGUGGAGGUGGAGAUCAUCGGCCUCCCGGUGGACUGCUGCAAAGAGCAGACCAGGGUGGUGGACGAUAACGGCUUCAACCCCAUGUGGGAGGAGACUCUGGUGUUCUCCGUGCACAUGCCGGAGCUCACGCUGGUGCGGUUCCUCGUCUGGGACCAUGACCCCAUCGGCCAGGACUUCAUCGGACAGCGAACGAUUGCCUUCAACAGCAUGAUGCCAGGUUAUCGCCACGUCUACCUGGAAGGUAUGGAAGAAGCUUCCAUCUUUGUUCACGUAGCGGUGAAUGACGUCACUGGUAAGGCCCGAGCCGCCGGGGGCAUCAAAGGUCUGUUCAACAGAAACCCAAAGCAGGCUUCCCUGGACAGCCAUGCUGUUGUGCAUCACGGUCGUAAGCACCCGUUUGGCGCCCACCUCCUGCGCCGCACCGCCAGCGCUCCCACCAGAGGUCAGCCCAAACCCAAGAAAGGCUUUCCAGAGAUAGCCAUCGACACCAAAGACUACAGCUCCGAGGGCGCCAGCGAGGAGCGGGAAUCCGAGGACCGGGACAAGGCCUCGGCCGCCACCCCCCACCAGUUUACCCCCCCACAGCAUCGAAACGGGGAGUCGCUGGCCUCCUGCCAAGCCAAGGGCCCCUGGGACCGUCCUGACACCAAUGGAGCUUUUCACCAAGAGGAGGGUAAAGACUUUUCUUCAGUGCAGAAUCCUGAUUCUCCUCCUCGGCUUCCUGCACCACACGCUAAAGACGACAGCGGUCGAUUUAUCAGCUUUGCCUCCGCUCCAGAUGAGAGGCCGUGUUUACCCGAAUCCCCACUCAACUCCCCCUCCUUGGAUCCUGUAAACGGUUUGGUGUGCAGUCCCACCAAAGCCACACCCCUCCCACUUACACCCCCUGCUGAGAAAAUCGAGUUGUCCCUAGACACGAACAGAAGCUCCUGUUUACCCACCGAGAACGCUCCACACCUGAAGAGAAUCCAAGAAAGUGUGAUGGACAGGGAAAGCGAUCCAGCAGAAUCAAAGCCUAGUGGACCCCCACUGGUCUCGGCAGCACCACCAACCCAGGCCAGGAGAGCCUUGUUUCUCCCUCCCACAUCACGUUUACCAGUUAGACGAGCAAAACGUGAAGGGCACGUUCGAGCUGAUGGUGCACUCCAGUCGGCGGUACCAGAAGUCUGUACAGACGCCACCACCAACGACCGCCUUUGGAGCAAACUGGAGCCUGGCAGCCACAGAGACAGCGUGUCCUCGUCCUCUAGCGUGUCCUCAAACGACACAGUUGUCGACCUCUCCCUUCCUAACCUGGCCCGAAGGAGCCUCUGCGUUCUGCCGGGUCCCAGCAGUUCCAGCUUCCGCCACUCGGCACCCAUCUCCUGUGACGCCCCACGGGUUGGCAAGAGCAAGUCAAACCCCAACCUUCAGCAAAGUCCUAAAGAUGAGCUCAAGCCCCGCCCACUACACCCAGCUCAGGAUGGUCCUGAGGACCCACCUGGCAGACUGACGGAACGGAGACACACCUGGUGCCGGCUCUACAUGGAGGGACUCAGACAGGCAGCAACAAAAAGUCCGCCCAGCCCAUCUCCAACGUCUGCAGCUACGUCUUUAAUGUCCAAAAGCCUCGGAGAUCUGACCUCUGAUGACAUCUCCUGCAGCUUUGACAGCAAAUACCGCAGCAUCAGCCGCAGCUUCAUCGUCCGGACCAGCAGAGGGCAGGUCCGGAAGGGCGACCCUCUGAGGUCCCGGCCCCAGAGCGACCUGACGGAGCAGCUGCGUAAGCUGACUGAUGUGGAGCCCCUGAACCCAAAUGACUUCUCCCCAGGAAACGCGUCCAAGGACUCCCAGGAGGAGAGUCCUGAUGACACGCUGCUGAGACGCACCUCCUCCAGGAGUCAGAGCCGGGUCCGCUACAUAGCAAACCGGGCCAAGAAGGCCCAGGAAAAGCAGAGGCUGCAGGGUCUGAUCCAGGGCCGGAGUGCUAGCUUUAGCCUUACUGCUAGCCCCAUAGAGGAGAGGGGGAUCCCUGAGGGGGCGUGUUGUGUGGAUCGGAGCCCCUGCAGCAGCCUGGACCUACUCGAUCUGAGACCCCCCCUGGAAUACCUCCCCGACUCAGAAAACAGUGAACUCUUUUUCAUGCUCAAACUUUGAGAAGUCUGCUUCGGGACCGAGUGUGAGCAACACAGCGAGAAGCUCGUGUUGUACCGCUUACCCGAGAGCACAUCCCAGACCCGGUUCCAGAACCCAGAACCCCAGGGAUGGUUGGGUGCCUUUCCACGGCAGAAGCUGAACGCAGGCUUCAGGAGAUGCAGAGGUUUCCAGGAACCAGGCCCCACGUUUGUUUGUUUGUUUUUAUUUAACACUUUUUUAAACUUUUCGAGCCUCCAAACCAAGCCGGUUAGAAACGGAUCAACAGUUUCAGUCCUGGUGGAGGUCCUGCAUGAGCCGGGUUUUCUAAAGGAGCUAGCACACCUGCAGGAUUUUAUUUAGUAAAGUUCUUCUGGAACAUUUUCUAUCCUGUUUUCUGUCAUCUACUCAUGUCUGAGUAGUUUUUAGUAGCAAUAGAGGCGAGGUUUUAAUAAAUGUUUUUUAUGAGCCAUGACAUGAGUGCUCAUGGGUCACUAGCAAUAUUCUGAACGUGUUAGCAUGUUGUGAUAUUAAAGCUGAUGUACAGUUUGAUGCCAACAGAUGAGGCUCGUCUUUUCGUCGCUACAGGAAAUAUUUUAAUAGUUUUUAUGCUGCAGCUUUGAUUUUAAAUGUGUUUUGUGGUUUUAUUGUAAAUGACUGAGCUGCCAUUCGCUUGCUAGCGUUAGCUAUAGCAUGUUGUAGCGCUGAGGUCCUGUUUUUAAAGCAAAACGUCGCGUUAAGUCGAGUACUUUGUGUCGGCUGCAUGCGGUUCAUGCACUGGAAUGGUUUUUCUGAGGCUUUGCUUUUAAUUUACCGAGUUUUCUGUAAAGAUCCACUGUUGUUUUCCUUUUGGGCGUUCCACAGGGCUUUGUGUCUGAAACGCCAUGUUGUUCUUUUAACUGUAGUUAAACCAGAAGGGAACGAUAUGUUGAAGCACGUUUUGUCCACCAGCUGUUCUGUUCGUCCAGGUCGUGUGCCCAAAACCUCAGAGGACGAGCGAUGUGUAGAAGUGACCUGAAUAAAACUCAGAAACGAC